AUGGCGCUGCGGAGCGCGCUGAGCGCGGCGGGCGCCGGGCAGAUGCGGCACCUCUGCUCAGCAGCGCACGGUGACACCGUCUUCGCGCUGUCCUCGGGCCACGGCAAGUGCGGCGUGGCCGUGAUCCGGGCCAGCGGGCCGGGCUGCCGCGCGGCCCUGCAGAGCCUCACGGGGCGCCCCGCGCCCCCCCCGCCCCGCGUGCUGGCCCUGCGRCGCAUCCGCGACCCGGCCACCAACGAGCCCCUCGACUGCGGCCUCGUCGCCUGGUUCCCGGGGCCCCGGAGCUUCACGGGCGAGGACUGCUGCGAGCUGCACGUGCACGGCGGGCCGGCCGUGGUGAGCGGCGUGCUGCAGGCGCUGGGGCGCGUGCCCGGCCUGCGCCCAGCCGAGCCGGGCGAGUUCUCCCGCCGAGCCUUCCGCAACGGGAAGCUGGACCUGACGGCGGCCGAGGGGCURCGCGACCUGGUGCAGGCGGAGACGGAGGCGCAGCGGCGGCAGGCGCUGCGYCAGAUGGACGGCGAGCUGGGCCGGCUCUACCAGCGCUGGAGCGACUUGCUCACCCAGGCGCUGGCCCAUGUGGAAGCCUACAUUGACUUCAGCGAGGAUGACAACGUGGAGGAAGAUGUGCUGUCACGAGUGGCCGAGGCCGUGCGGGCGCUGGAGCAGGAGGUGGGCGCCCACUUGCGGGAUGGGCGCCGCGGGGAGCUGCUCCGCGCCGGUGUCCGCGUCGUCAUCGCCGGCCCCCCCAACGUGGGCAAGAGCAGCCUGCUCAACCUGCUGGCGCGGCGCCCGGCCGCCAUCGUGUCCCCCGUGGCCGGGACCACGCGGGACGUGGUGGAGCUGUCGCUCAACGUGGGCGGCUACCCGGUGGUGCUGAGCGACACGGCCGGGCUGCGGAGCGCCCGCGACCCCGUGGAGCGCGAGGGCGUGCGCCGCGCGCAGGAGCGGCUGCAGCAAGCCGACCUGGUGCUGGCGGUGCUGGACGCCGGCACGGCRCAGCCCGAGGGUCUCGGCGCCGCGCUGGGCGCCGUGCUGCCCCCGGCGCCCCCCAAGCCCUGCCUGCUGGUGCUCAACAAGGUGGACUUGCUGGCGGGGGGCGGCGCGGGGCCGCUGCGGGCGGCCUGUGCCCGGGGGGGGCUGCCCCCCGCCGCCCUGCUCUCCUGCAAGACGGGCGAGGGGCUGCCCGCGCUGCUGGAGCUGCUGCGGCAGCAACUGCAGGAGCUGUGCGGGGAGCCGGGGGCCGGCGCGCCCAGCCUCGCGCAGAGCCGCCACGGGCACCACCUGCGYGCCUGCCUGGCCGCGCUCGCCCGCUACGGCGCCGGCCGCGGUGCCGACGUGGCGCAGGGCGCCGAGCAGCUGCGCCUGGCGCGGCGGCACCUGGGCCGCAUCAYGGGCCACGUGGGCGCCGAGGACGUCCUCGACAUCAUCUUCAGGGACUUCUGCGUGGGCAAGUGA